AUGUGGCUGCGCCCGCUCCGCGCCCUCCCCCUCCGCCUCGCGGUCUCCUUCCCCCUCACCCAGCGCGCGCUGCACGCGUCGGCACGCACGCACUCGGACGAGUUCCGGAUCAACGACCUCCUCGCGAAAUUCAAGAACCCGGGGUCGCCAUACUACCUCGCGCCGGGGGAGGUGGGGCCGGCGUCGCCGGAGGACCACAGCGUGUCGCGCCCGCUGGCGGGGCAGGAUGUGGCGUGGGUGCCCCCGCCAUUCAGGACGCGGGACCGGGCGCCGAAGCUGCCGCACAUGGAUGGGGGGUAUGACCGCGUGCGCGCGACGGUGCAUGAGUGGUUCGACUCGAACGGGUUCGAUGCCGAGGGGCGGGUAGAGUGGCCGGUUGCGUGGGGCGACAGUGAUAUGUACCGACACAUCAACAACGUUUCGUAUUGCCGCUACGUCGAGUCGGCGCGUAUGAAGUGGAUCGAGUCGCUGGUGCCGGACCUCGGCGAGGUCGGCGAAGACUACUUGGUGCGCGAAUACGGGCGCCGCACCGGCUUCAUCCUCAAAGAGCAGGCGGUGCGAUACCGCUAUCCCGUGACGUACCCAGACUCGCUCAUAAUCGCAAGCAAGCCGCACUCGAUCGACCCCGACCGCGCGCAGUUCAAGAUCCACUGCGCGAUGUGGUCGCUCAAAGCGAAUCGGCUGGCGCUCACCUGCGAAUCCACAUGCACGAUCUACGACUUUGACAAGCUCCAGAAGGGGGUCAUGUCGGAUGCGGUGCGCGACGUGUUGCGUGCGCGUGCGGCGGCGUAG